GUAUCGGUCUAAUACGAAUCGUUUCAUUUUCAAUGCUUGGAAAAACCCAGUCAUUUCUUCAAAUAGUUUCGAAGUACCAAAACAAAAAGACCGGUAAAUCGUGUGUCCAACUAAGGAAUGCAUCUUGAUGCACUGAUCGAGAGAACGGUUUAGACGCAACCAAAAAUUAACCGUGUUGGUAGUGCCGGUGUGACAGCUAGGAAUGGAAGUCCGGGGUCGGGUCCGAUAUGUGAUUACUGCAGGUUAGGGCUAGUCUGGAGAAUUAUUGGGACACGCAGUAGAAAUAUACUAGACAGCAGAAUUUGAAAACAUCCGUAAUGUCAGAAAAUCGCCAGCGUCUGCGGCCCUGGUUGGAAGCACAGAUUAACAGCGGGAUUAUUCCCGGUCUUCACUGGUUAGACGAGGACCACACACUUUUCAGAAUAACGUGGAAACAUGGAGGAAAACCAGACUGGAAUGAAGGAGAUUCACUUAUAUUUAAACUAUGGGCAGAACACACAGGCAGAUAUAGAGCAGGCAUAGACAAGCCAGACUAUGCAACCUGGAAAACACGUCUACGCUGUGCUUUUAAUAAAGCACCUGAUAUUAACCAAGAUAAAGAAUUAAGCUGCUCAGAUGCAGAACCACCAUACAGAGUGUACAGACUACUGCCCAAAUGUGAAGUGAAAAAGAAAAGAAUCUCAUCCACAUUCAAUGCCAGUGACAUGGACUCGGAUUCCAGUGAAGAUACUGGAGCUUUGGCUCAAAUGGCCCCAUGCUCUGUUCCAACAGUAGUUUCAAGCAUGAAAAUUGAUCAAGAUGAUAUACUUCUCGGUGAGGUAGAGAUGCUGGUGGAGACUAGUUUAAAAGGGGAAGAUAGCCAGACAACUUUGAUGUCAAAUGAUGAGUGGGGAGACAUCAAAAGUGACGACCUACUCAAGUGCGACAGUCUUGACCAGCAGAAGUACAUCAGUGGCGAGGUCUCCAUGAUCUCCAUCCAGCCUGCAGUGAGUGUCGGAAUGGCCCCCUGGACACCUCUGACUAUUGUUACUACCCAGGAGGGCCAAGUGACCCAGGCAGCUCAGAGUGAUACUCCACAAGACACAGAAGCAGUGUUGAUGGAUGAGCAGAGCUACCCAUCUGAUGCAGAGACUGGAGCUCCUCUCUUGAUGCCUCCUCAACAGGCCGCACAGCAAGCUACCAUCCCACAGCCUCAAGGCCAUGAGAUGUUGGUGAAGUUAUUCUUCAAGAGACAGCAAGUUGCCCAGUACGAGAUGAACAACCCCAAUGGCAGUCGCCUGUAUUAUAAUUCAUCCAAUCCUGGCACUGAGCAAAACAUGGCGGAAGUUGCUCAGAGCUUUGCCAUGGAAAUGGGGGAGCAAGUUGAUCAGCUUUUUGGUCCCAGGGCAGUGAGCCAAUAUCUCAUGCCACCACCAUAUUUGUGUACAGACAGUCAACAAGAAUCAACCAACAAAAUUUUAAAGUGUAUGGAACGAGGCCUUUUGCUGAAAUGUGUUGAUGGAGAUAUUUACGCUGCUAGAUAUUGUAGGUGUGUCAUCUUCUGCGCCUCUCCACACAAGGAGGAUGAGAUCUUCAAACUGGAGCGUGACAACUCGGACUUUAAACUCUUUGAUUUUAACAAUUAUUUUGUACCUGCUGUUCAAAAGUACCUUCAAGGUCAAGGUCCUCGACCCAACAUCGAAGUUCGCCUUGGAUUUGGUCAAGCAUGGUAUAAUCAAAAUUGGUCUGAGCGUGAAAUUUUCAUUUCUGGAUCAGUUGUCAGUGCCAAAGCUUUGUUUGUUCUUCAGCAGCUCGACCAGCAAUACGGUCCACACAUACAAAUCUCUUUGUCUGAUGAUAAUGACAGAAUAGUGGAGACCAUCAAACAGCUCUGCAGCCUGAAGACCCCCACCAGGUCCACAGCAAUGGAGGUAUCUGCCUAGGACUAGUAUUACGGAAGUCAUUACCAAGUCAUGGGAAUGCAAAUUGCGCAAAUAUCUGUGUUGUGUGCGCUUUCAGAAAAUGCUGUGUGACGUGCAUGAGCCUGAUGCAAUGUUGACUAGACCAUUGACUACGUUAUUUUAGAAAAUAAUUUAGAAAGUGGUAGGAAGUUGAGGCUUCUUUGUAAUUCUUAGCACAAUGCAUUUAUUCUGUGGUGGCAUUACCGUUCAGUGAUAAACUGUGUCAUAUUUUUGUUUUCACAUAUAUAUGAUUGGAAAUCAAAAUGAUCAAGUCCUUUCGUACAAACCUGAAGAUUUGAUGAGGAAUUUAAGCAGGGAAAAUUAAGUCAACUGAAAUACUUAGUCUGGUGUUCUGUAGCCUAAAAUUUCUAGAAGUCAUUGAACUUUGAUAUUGGCAGAUAUCUUGACUGAUGAUAUAAGGUUUUGAGACAUAUAUUUGGUCCAAGCUUUCAUUUUGUCUUCCUUUUUCAUUUGAAAAAAAAAAAGGAUUGUUUCUCCUUUAAAUCAGAUAAUUGAUCCCACUGAACCAUCGAUUUUCAAAUUUAGUUUUUGAAGAUUCAAAUGAAACAGUUUGUUUGGUAUUUAAUAAGUACAUCAAUUGAGUUUUUAUUUUCUUGCAUUGACACCUUAAAUUUACAAAGUGCCAGAUUGAGUGUUUAUAAUUAUGCCGUUCAUAAUAUUGCUUUUUUUUUGUCAAAAUGAUUAGUCUGUGUAUUUUUGGUUUUGACACAUUUAUGAAAUAUUUAUCCAUAGUGCAUUGUCAGCUUCAAACAAUCUACAUUGUUAAGAAUGAAGUUUCUAAGUUUAAGAUUUUAUGUUGGAUUUUUUGUUAUAUAUGUAAUGUUCAGUCAUAUGCAGUAAUGCAUAUAGCCACUCAUAAUUUUAAAUAGUUUCUGUACAUACUGAAGGUUUGGUAAAUUAAGAAAAUAUAAACUCUUGUUAGCAUGGUUAAUCUUGCACACUUGUAUUUUCUGGAAACAAUAAACAUAUUUAACAGAUCA